GACGUCCAGACCACCGUGGACCCCGCAGAAGAAAGCAUCUCCUAUAGCAUCUCCAGCACAGCCAGUGUGGUGCUGGCCCCUGGGGACGUUCACUCUCAGAUCAUCUGCGAGGUGGCCCAUGUCACCCUGCAGGGGGGCCCGCCUCUCCGUGGGACCACCAACUUGUCUGAGACCAUCCGAGUUCCGCCCACCAUGGAGGUCACCCAGCACCCCAUGAUGGUGGCAGGGAACCAGGUGAAUGUUACCUGCCAUGUGGAGAAGUUCUACCCCCAGAGCCUACAGCUGACCUGGCUGGAGAAUGGAAAGGUGUCCAGAACAGAAACAGCCUCCACCCUCACAGAGAACAAGGAUGGGACCUAUAACCUGACCAGCUGGCUCCUGGUGAACUCGUCUGCCCACAGGGAGGGCGUGGUACUCACCUGCCAGGUGGAGCAUGACGAGCAGCCUGCGGUCAGCAGAAGCCAUACGCUCAAGGUCUCUGCCCACCAGAAGGGCACACACAUCUCCCCAGGUGAGGGCUCUCUCUCCAGUUGACCAAGCUAAUUUUAAUAUUUAUCUUUUCCUUGUAAAAAAUUGUCUUUAUUCAUGAUACAGUCUAUGUAUCUUAAUUUGUAAAACUGAGGUGAACGCCGUCCACAGGGUCUGAACAUGCAGCGAUCCCCUUCCUCCUGUCCUUCCUCCUUCCUCCUGUCCCUCAGUCAAUCAACUUUUGGACAAUGGCACAUCCCAGCGUGUUGCUAGCAACCAGGCCAAGGAUUAGAACUCUUGUUACCAUGUGAGACCCAACGUCCCUUGAUAGUUAAUUAUUGCUAUGCCAUGGAG